AUGGAGCAUGAACCGCCUCAAAUCCUUAGAAUCAAAAGAAAGAGAGGUCAAGAUCCUCUUCAGGCAUUGAUUCUAGAAGAUAACAAUGCUGCAAAAAGAUCGAAGCCAUCAUCACCAGCUUCCUCUACCAUCAUUGAUAAGAACAAGAACUUUUACUUUACAUUAACUAGAACCGAUGAAUUUGGAGCUAUUAAUGAGGAAGCUGUAAUUGAAUCUAUUUUAUCGGAAGCUCCGUCAGUAGGAGAAGCUGGAUCAUCUAUACUCGACAAAGAAGCUGGGAAAAAGGUUGAGAAUUCUAGUGGAGGUAGAAAACGGAAGUUUAUUAUUCCCAAGAAACAAACAGAAGAAGAUGCAUAUAUACCCAAUGAAUUGGCCGACAUGGUGAGUUCGCUAUUAACAUCUAAAGAUAAUAUGAACAGUUCACAAAGAAAACGGCGAAACAGGAAAGGAAUUAGUGCUAGCAAUCUUGAAGAAUCGCCUGUUAUCCCAGACAUUGAGACCGAAAAUAAACUAAACGUAGUUGAUAUAGAAGAGAAAUCCGACUAUGUUUACGAUGUUUAUCAACUAUCUUCAACUGAACCAAUGACUACUGCAAACCAUCCUCAGUCUCAGAUCGGUUAUAUUAGAUUUUUCGACGAAGAAAAUGAUUUAUAUCAAUCUGAUGAAGAAAACGAGAAAACUAAUAACUUGUUUUCUGAUGAUGAGGAUUCAAAUGCCGAAAGCUUCUAUCAAAAUGACUAUCCAAGUGACGAGGAUGCUGGUGCAUACAGUGAUACGUAUACGGAAGAGGAAAUUGAAGUAAUACAGCUUCAAGAUGGCCAAGAUGGUCAAGAAAUCGAGGGGUACGAAUACAUUAAUUCUGAAGCGAAAUCUGAAGAAGGUUUCGAGGACUUAUACGAUGAUUUUUAUGAUGGUGAUAAUAAUAUUAAUUUUUUGGCUGAUGAUCAAUAUCAGAAUAUAGAUAAUGAUCAAGAAUUCGAAAGAAACCAUUUUUUUGAAAAUGAAGAAGAGGAUGAUUUAGCAAUACAUAGGGAUAUUAUAUUUGGGAAACUUAAAAAAAUGAUCGAUGAAAGGGAAUAA